AUGGAUAGCUUGACGCAAUACAGGGAUUCCAUAAAAGAACGAUUGGAUAACGCGGAUCUUCUGGUUGCAAAACUGGUGCAUGAAAAUACAGUUCUGACCCAGACUGUUGAGACAAAGACACAAGAGAUUGAGGGGUUUCAGCAGCAGAUUCAUGGUUUGGAGGAAAAAGUGAGGGAACUCACUUCCCUUCAGGCAAAACAAGAAGAAAAUAUGGAAAUCGUGAAGGAUCUAUUCGAACAUCUGUGUGGUGUACGAGUACAUAAGUCAUAUGAAGACGACACAGGUCUCUGGUUUGACACUUCGCAGGGUUCCAAAAAUGGCAUAAUGGAUUACAAGUUAGGAUUUGUCAAAAGCGAAUCAUUUCCUGGAACUGAGGUGAUUUAUGUACCGCUUCUGAAACAAAGAACAUCAGAUGAACUACGAAUACUGCAAAACCAAAUUCCCGCCUAUAUGUUUGACACGCUUAGCUUUCCAUUAAAGGCGUUGCAUCAGUUCUACUCCAAAAUGGCGAGGUGUUUGAAUAAAAAGGUGAAUGAAAAUAACUAA